AUGUUUCAGUUCCAGAAGGCAGAAUCAGAUCUGGAUUACAUUCAGCACAGACUGGAGUUUGAAAUCACGAGUAAUCUCCCUGAUAACCUGGCAGCAGAGGAGAAUCCAGUCACUGUCUUGCAAGAACUGGCCGUGAUGAAAUCCCGUUACAAAACACUCUGUAUGCAGCUGGAAAAAGUUUCCAAGGAGCAGAAGGAAUCCAUGCAGGGCAUCCGCACUGCCCUGGAGCACACAAUGAAGAUAGUUCAGGCACUGCAGGAACGCACUGACCUCGAGAGCACACCUCUGUCAGCAGCAGAACAGACUGCAGUACAGCAGCUCAGCUGCCAGAUUUGGAAAGAAAUGGAAUCUCCAGUGGUAAAGCCACAUUGCACAGGAUCUACUGUCCCUGGCUCACUUGAAGCCACUGACUCAAGAAUACAAAUCCUGAAAGAAUUAACUGUUGUGGAACUCGACAAACAAGGACAUGUUAAACUAACUGUGUAA